CCUGUGGCGAGCGGGGAGUCGACAGAGCAACAGAUCGCGCACGCCACCGCGACAGACAUCGAUCCUAAUCUUGUUCGGACGAGUUCCUAGAAUCCACUGCACACAUCAAGCUCAUCCAAAUCCCAAUCUCGCUCUCUCUCUCUCUCUCUCUCUAUCUCUCUCUUCUUUCGCGAUGGAGCAGAAGGUCAGCCGGAGCGGUAGCCAUGGGUGCCGGUGCUGAGUAGAAGACGAGGACGGCGCGACAACCCACCACUUCGCGAGCGGUGUUAUGCGUCUCCACGCCUCGAAGCUCGACCUCCCCUUCCCAUCCUCCUUUUCCCCCUCCUCCCCCGCCGCCGUCGUCUCCUCCGUCCUUUUCGAGCCCUCAUCCCGCUCCCUCUCCCUCAUGCUCGUCGACUCCUCCGCCCUCCUCUACCCGUCCCUCUUGUCUUCAGCCACCCCAGUCACCGUCCCCCCGCCCUCCACCGCCGCAUGCUUCCUCCGCCUCCUCCCCUCCGCCACCGUGCUCUUCCUCUCCGCCGCACCCCUCGCUGCCGGCUCCUCCAUCCAGCUCCGCGCAUGGAUCCUUCUCCCACGCGGCGGCUCUGCCGCCGCCUUCGCCCCCGCCCGCCUCGACUACAGGAACGACCGCGGCCGAUCCGCCGUCGCACUUCCCCUACCGCACGGCCUCUCGGUGCGGCUCGCUGGUUCGGUCAACGCCUUUGUCGUCCAUUCGAUCGCCGCCAGCCAGAUCUGGGUCUUCGCCGCGAGGCUGGACGCGGGGGCGGAGGCGACCAUCCAUCUCGUGAAGUGUGCGGUUGUGGAGCUCACGCUGCCGAUCUACUCGAUCACGCUCUCCAUGGGGUUUAUGCUCAUUGGCGAGGUGGAUGGCGUUCGGGUCUUUCCUUUGCGGCCGCUGAUCAAGGGGGGGAUCAGGAACUCCGGCGGUUUAGGGCACAAAAAGGCGAGCGCUUCGGUCGGAGAUCUACGCAAGAAGAAUUUGCCGAAUGGGCUUGUGAUUCCUAAGAGCCGUAUCAAGAAGUCUUUGGGGCCGGACUCCGGUGGUGGUCGCUGCGAUUGCCGAGGUAGCACGAAGGGUUCGGCAGUGGAAACCAUGGCUGAUGGAGGUUCUGCACCCUGUAAGCUUAAGACUGUGAGACUGAAGCAAGACUCAGGUGAUCACUACUCAUUUUUUGUGGUCAUAAGGGGUGGUGAGUUCCAAACCUGUAAGGGCAGAAUAGGAGUUCCUUCAUCACUAAAGGCAGUUUGUAUCCAUAUGCUAUCCCCGAAGAAGUUUUUGAUCUUGGAUUCUGCUGGUGAUUUGCAUGUUUUAAGCUUGAAUGACAGUGGCACGGCAAUGGAACCAAAUGCACGGUUCUCUAUGAUUUCCAAAUUAGCUGAUCUCCACCCUCUAGACCAUGUCAUGGAAGUUCAGAUGUUAGCUGCUCUUCCUGACAUUUCAUCAAAAAUACAAUUUGUUUGGAUAUCAGAUGGGGGAUAUUCCAUACAUUUGAUUUCUAUGGCAGAUACUGAACAUGCCAUUGGAGAGAGUGAUAAAGAUGAAAGCAAGCAUAAGUCUACUAUAAUUUCAGUUGUCGGAGCUAUAUUUACAAGUGAAAAGAUUCAGGAAGUCGUACCAAUGUCUUCAAAUUCAUGCCUAGUGCUUUGUCAAGGAAACAUGUUUAUUUAUGGUGUUGUAUGAAGAGAAGUGUCAUUCGCCAUCUUAUGUGGUGGAAAUACUUGUCAGGCCAGCUUACAACUUUGAAUUAAUCUAUGCCUACAUGCUUGCUGUUUGGAGCAAUUCCUUGUUAAGAUAGGUUGGUGGUCAUGCAGUCUUACCUCUCAAGAGGUUUCUUUCUUGAACCUGUCUUUGAAGUUGUGAGCUACAUUUAACUUAUCCUUCAGUAUCAACCUCUAGUUCAUAACUUCAAGAGGGAUCACCAAGAGCUCAAAGGUGCAGGCCGUCCGAUAAGGGUUUGACAUUCUGAAUGAUUAAUGGUGUUUUCCAUGUUAAAGGCUAUGCUUAGUGGUUAUCGACUGCUUCACCAGACUUCAUGGGGUUUGGCUGUUUUACAUGGAAGAUUAGGUUGAUAUCUGAAACCAGAUAUUUGGUGGUUUUAUCUGUUUAUCCUCUUGAGAACUGCUGAUACUAAAAGUUGAUUUCUCAAAGACGACCGUCUGGGCAGCUCCUGAUGCCACCAAACUUGUCAUGGAAACUGCCGCCGCCAAACUUGUGGGUUGCGGAUGAUGAUGAUGAUGAUUCAAAUGUCGAUGAUAGAUUUUUAAACAACAAAUUAGCAUCAAUCGAGAAUUUCUUAUAUUGUCAUAUAGUACAUUUGGUGCAUGAUGAAUUGAUGACUGUUUUCUCCUA